GGCAAAGCUUUUCGCGGUGUAAAAACCAUGCAGCUCACUGGAAAGAUCGCUCUUGUGACGGGCGCAGCUCGGGGCAUGGGCAAAGGAUUCGCUGAGGCCAUCCUUGAGCGAGGAGCAAAGGUGGCGCUGUUGGACACGAACGAGUCGAUAGGACAGGAAACGGCGGCAGCCUUUGCCCUGAAGUACGGGGCCGACAUGUGCACGUUUGUUCUGUGCGAUGUGACGGAUAAAGGUCAACUGGAGGGUGCGUUCCAACAAGUGGUGGACCGUUUUGGUGGGCUGGAUUUGGUUGUGAACAACGCUGGAAUUCUGAACGAAGUUGAGUGGGAAAAGUGCAUCAACGUUAAUCUGGUAUCGGUGGUGCGAGGUUGUCAUCUUGGACUUCACUACAUGGGCAAACAAAAUGGCGGCAAAGGAGGACUCAUCAUCAACACGGCGUCUGUGGCAGGUCUGUACGCCUUCCCUCCACCCGUGUACGCAGCUACAAAGGCCGGUGUUGUGGGCCUAACAAAGAGCCUUGGGAUGGACUACAAGUUCGCCAAGGACGGUGUCCGUGUGAACGCCCUGUGUCCGUCGUUUACAGCCACGUCACUGCUCGAAGAGUUCAAAGCUUCCGAGGAGGACCUGCGAGGAAUGGACGACAUGAUCGAAAGGGGAGGCCUUCUUCAAAUUCCGGACGUGUUGAAAGGCUUCGUUAAGUUGUUGGACGACGAUGACAAGAAUGGCGCAGUUCUGGAAGUGACGUUGCAGGGUUUGAAGUACCGUGGGUACGAGAGCGGGCCCUGGGACCUUGAAUGAGGAACGCACCAAUCAUAGAGAAAUAAUAAUCCGGUUUUUAGCCAUUGACAGUGUCUUCCUAGAACAAUCUUAAAGUUAAAGCUGCAUCUGAAAAUAGAAUAAUAUUACAUUUUAGUGAAAUUAAGUACUGUGGAAUUUUCUGGGAUUUGAUUUCGCUAGAGGGAAAAUAAAGUGUUCCGAUGUGGUUUUAAGAGGUGACAGCUACCAGUUCUGUUAAUUUGGUAUAGAACACUUUAAAGUUCGCGGUUUUAAGUUCGCGGUAGCGCCAUACUCUGUAGCCUGCAUACUAUAAUGGAAAAUGUUCGCGGUGGUUUUAAGCUCGCGGUGAAGUGGUCACCGCGAAAACCGCGAACGUAAACCACCGCGAACAUUCUGCAUUUACAGUAUGCUAUUUGCACAUCAGAUAGGAUUAGUUGUAAUCACGCCCUAAAUGAUUCUCUAGCCAUGUUAAGGUCAUGAGCAAAGUUUGUGCAAGUAGUUCUGUGAAGCAUUAAACCUGACUGCUCUACAGGUGCUGACUGCUCACCUUGUCAUGCACACAAAGCAGCAAGUUUUCUUCUGUUUCAGUACAGGAAAUGGAUUGCUAGUCCUUUGCCUUUAAUGUGCUUGAGAUAUCCUAAAACUGAUGUAAACGCGCCAAAAAUAAAAGGUGGGCAUGAGUUUUGAGAUCUAAGCGAUCACGAAAUCUGUAAAAUAAUCAAACACCAAGAUCACGGUAUUCGUUCGUUCAGUCCCUUGUAGUGCCAUAUAAGGCAGCAGAUUUUCUGUCUGUUUCAGUAGCAGGUUACUUUUUUAACAGGAACAGGUUGCUAGACCUUCAAUUCCCCCUUUACUUGCUCAAGGCACCUCCUCCGAAACACGGGACACCUAUUUUACGUCCCCUCUGAAAGACGGUGCCGCACAACCGAGACUCCUCCCCCAGGAUUGAACAAGCGUGCCGGGUUGGGGUGGCUACCAACUAUAAAGCUGCCACCGGUUAAGCCACAUUGACAAGGACAUCCGCUGCACUAUAGUGCAUUUGUCAAUUAUUAAUAAUCAUACUUAGUAUUAGGAUGGAUUACAAUGUGGUAUCAAUAAAGAAAAGAAUUUCCGUUCUACCAAGGACGUUAUAUAUAACGUCCUUGGUUCUACCUGAUA